UCCGCGGUCACGUGGCGGCGGGCGCGAGCAGGACCUGGACCCGCGCUCUUGGACUCUGGUCUCCCCGGCGGUGGCGUGAGGCCGGAGCGUCGCUAGGCUGUGCGCGGGACUCGUUCUGACACCUCUGGACCCACGUAAUGGCAGUUCCAGUCAAUGGGGCUCACAAGGACGCCGACCUGUGGUCCUCCCACAAUAAAAUGCUGGCGCAGCCCCUGCGAGACAGUGACAUUGAGGUUUACAACAUCAUUAAGAAGGAGAGUAACCGGCAGAAAGUUGGGUUGGAGCUCAUCGCCUCAGAGAACUUUGCCAGCCGAGCAGUUUUGGAAGCCCUUGGCUCGUGCUUAAAUAACAAAUAUUCUGAGGGGUACCCAGGCCAGAGGUAUUAUGGCGGGACCGAGUUCGUGGAUGAACUGGAGUUGCUCUGUCAGAAGCGAGCACUGCAGGUCUACGGUCUGGACCCCCAGAGCUGGGGGGUCAACGUCCAGCCCUACUCAGGCUCCCCUGCAAACUUCGCAGUAUAUACGGCCCUGGUGGAACCCCAUGGCCGCAUCAUGGGCCUGGACCUGCCUGACGGGGGUCAUCUGACUCAUGGGUUCAUGACAGACAAGAAGAAAAUCUCUGCUACAUCCAUCUUCUUUGAGUCUAUGCCCUAUAAGGUGAACCCGGACACUGGCUACGUCAACUAUGAGCAGCUGGAGGAAAACGCCCGCCUCUUCCACCCGAAGCUGAUUAUUGCAGGAACCAGCUGCUAUUCCCGGAACCUGGACUACGCUCGGCUGCGGAAGAUUGCAGAUGACAACGGGGCGUAUCUCAUGGCUGACAUGGCACACAUCAGUGGACUGGUGGCAGCUGGCGUGGUGCCCUCCCCCUUUGAACACUGCCACGUGGUGUCCACCACCACCCACAAAACCCUGCGAGGCUGCAGAGCCGGCAUGAUCUUCUAUAGGAAAGGAGUGCGCAGCGUGGAUGCCAAGACCGGCAAAGAGAUUUUGUACAACCUGGAGUCUCUCAUCAACUCGGCUGUGUUCCCAGGCCUGCAGGGGGGCCCCCACAACCACGCCAUUGCUGGGGUUGCUGUGGCCCUGAAGCAAGCCAUGACUCCCGAAUUCAGACUUUACCAGCACCAGGUGGUGGCCAACUGCAGGGCUCUGGCGAAGACCUUGAUGGAGCUGGGCUACAAAGUGGUAACAGGUGGUUCUGACAACCACUUGAUCCUCGUGGAUCUUCGUUCCAAAGGCACCGAUGGUGGCAGGGCUGAGAAGGUGUUAGAGGCCUGUUCUAUUGCCUGCAACAAGAACACCUGCCCAGGUGACAGAAGUGCACUGCGACCCAGUGGACUGCGACUGGGGACCCCAGCGCUCACCUCCCGAGGACUUUUGGAAAAAGAGUUCCAGAAAGUCGCACACUUGAUUCACAGAGGGAUUGAACUGACUCUGCAGAUUCAGAACGACGUGGGUGUCAAGGCCACCCUGAAAGAGUUCAAAGAGAAACUAGAAGGCGAUGAGAAGUACCAGAGGGCCGUCAAGGCUCUCAGGGAGGAAGUGGAGAGCUUUGCUUCUCUCUUCCCUCUCCCUGGCCUGCCUGACUUCUAAAGAGCCGGCUGGCUGCACUUCCUCGCGUGGAUGCACUGAUGUGGCCUCCGGUGAGCUGCGUAGGAGGGGCCCAGACCUUUGGAGAAGGAAGUCUGCCGCACUUGGGACCUGACUAGCUGUUUUGUGCCAAGAUUUCUUUUUGGAUUUUUCUCCUGUAAUCUUCAAAAAGUAAAAUGUGUUGAAGGCUCAUUACUAGUAAU